GUGUCACGCAUGCGCGGUAUGGUGAAACCAGACACGGACACAUUUAUGACUGGCAUUUUUUUUUUUUUUAAAUUAGUUAGUUUGUAAACGAAACUAAUGAAUAUUUAACCCUCUGCUUUAAGGCAUUUUGUCGCAGGUGCGCACACAUCCGGUGUGGCAGACAGGACUCUGGCUGCAGACGGGAGGAUCUCCCUCUUGACUCCUGCGUGUCUUUGAUACAUCCUGCCAUGAGCGGAAGUGUCUGGGAUUCUGCUCAACCCAAAUCAGUCGUUUGUAAAAGGAGACAGGGCGAAAAGCGUCUGCAUCUCUUCCCACACCCCCCCACCAUCAGCCGGGCUCCAUUCAGCGGCGCCGUGCACCAUUUAAUGUAGCCGUGCACCAACAACGGGACAUGCUCCACCAGGUCUGCGCAAUCGACGUGAACGCCUGCCUGGACACAGGAGAGGAUUAAGUUACUGUUUGCUGGCCGCGGAUUAUUUUAUUGGCCUCCUCCUGUCACGCCCGAGUUUUUGGUCAUCUUUUUUUGUUGCUCCAAUUAAGAGAGGUCGCUCAACAGCCAGUUAUGUCUUUCCGGCGAGGUGUCGUCAGGCAGAGCAAGUUCCGCCACGUCUUCGCCCAGGCGUGGAAAGCCGAGCACUGCAUCGACGACGUCAGGGUGUCCCGCGUGACGUGGGACGGUCCCCUCUGCGCGGUCAACCCCAAAUUCAUCGCCAUCAUCAUUGAAGCCGGCGGAGGAGGGUCCUUCCUCGUUGUUCCAAUCAGCAAGAGUGGCAGAAUCGAUCAGUCCUGUCCCACGGUGUGCGGCCAUGCAGCACCGGUGCUGGACAUCCAAUGGUCUCCUCAUGACGACAACAUCAUUGCAAGUGCCUCAGAGGACUUCACAGUAAAGGUGUGGCAGAUCCCAGAUGGAGGCCUGACAAGCCCAAUGACCGAGGCCAUUGUGACCCUCGAGGGACACAGUAAAAGAGUGGGAAUCCUGGCUUGGCACCCAAUUGCUUUCAAUAUCCUCUUGACUGCAGGCUGUGAUAACGUGAUUUGUGUGUGGAACGUGGGCACAGGGGAGCUUGUGUACCAGCUGACUGAUGCCCACCCAGAUCUGAUCUACAGUGUCAGCUGGAACAAGGACGGCAGUGCCGUCUGCACCGUCUGCAAGGACAAGGCUCUGCGUGUCAUCGACCCACGAAGGGGCACCGUCCUCAAGGUGAAAGAGAAGGUCCAUGAUGGCACCAGGCCAAUGAGAGCUGUGUUCCUCUCAGAUGGGAAGAUCCUGACCACAGGCUUCAGCCGUAUGAGUGAGAGACAGCUGGCAUUGUGGGAUACGAAAGAUCUCUCUGAGCCAAUGGCAGUACAGGAGAUGGAUACGAGUAACGGGGUUCUUUUACCCUUUUAUGACCCUGACACAAACAUGGUCUACUUGUGUGGAAAGGGGGACUGCACCAUCCGGUAUUUUGAGGUGACAGACGAAUCUCCGUAUGUCCACUUCCUCAGCUUAUACAGCACCAAGGAGCCUCAGAGAGGUGCAGGCUUUCUCAGUAAAAGAGGUGUGGAUGUCAACAAGUGUGAAAUUGCCAGGUUCUACAAACUCCAUGAAAGGAAAGUGGAACCCAUUUCUAUGACUGUACCACGAAAGUCAGAUCUGUUCCAGGGAGACCUUUACCCGGACACAGCUGGCUUGGAGCCAGCUCUCCUGGCUGAUGAAUGGAUUGCUGGGCAGGACGCUUCGCCCCUGUUGGUCUCUCUGAGUGGUGGGUACACAGCUCAUCCAUCCAAGCACAGAGACACCCUCAGAAGCAAACCCCAGCUCGUCUCGCAGGACUCUGGGACUGGGGCCGCCCCACCUUCAGCAGGCAGUGUAGCAGCUCCCACAUCUACAUCUACCUCUGCUGCCAAGGAGACCGAGGAAGAGAUGCCACGAGUAGCCACGAGGGAUACAGAUGGAAAUACUGAGAGGCCGAAAAGAGAGGACGAUCUGUUGAACGAGUUGUUAGCAGAAAUAAAGGCCUUGCGUGCUGCCGUCCUUGCCCAUAGCCAGAGAAUCGAGUUGUUGGAGAGGCAGCUGGCUCGGAUUGAGGAUGGGGAUGUAUGAGCAAAAACGGGGAACCACUACAUUCGGAGGGCAUUCUUACUAAAUCCAUAGACCAUAGCCUUACUAGAAACAACAGUACCUUAAGCUGUGUGAGUGAGAGAAUGUAGUGAAGGGUAGCGACGAACUGUGAGCCACAGUGGCUUACAACCUGGUCAACUAUUGUGUUGAAAGCGAGACCAUAAUUUGUUUCUGUGAAUGUUUUCCAGACUAUGGCUGAGAACGGGGUGUCAUCUGCAUAGAGUGAUUUCUGACAGUGAGAUAAUGUUUCGUUUUUCAUAUGAUGGAGUAUUGUAGCAGCUAUUUGAUGGUGCAUAUAGUGCAGCUUUGAGCUUUGCAAAAUCCUUGUUAAUUUUGAAGGGCUUUGAAGGAGUUGCAAUGGCACCAUUGCCUCAAAUUAAUGCACAAAGUAAUGAUAAAAAGCAUUAUAUUAAAGCUAAUGAAGGACGACAUACUAUCGCAAAGCAAUUAAGCACCUCCGAUAUGAUUUUCUUUUUCUAUGAAGCACUCACAAAGUAACCAUUAGGGCUAUUUAAUCAGGUAGUUAAAGCUGCUAAACUGUGAUGUCAUAUCAAAACCCCAAUUGUUAACCCAUUGUGUGACAUGUGCUUUGUUUUACUACUUCAUUAUAGGACACCGUGUGUAUGGUUAACGGUAGCAAAAUAUUCUGGUACACAAAUCCUGUACUUGACAGUGAGAAUUGUGUGAAUACUAGCUGAUGAGAGUGUAGUUGAAUAUUUAUGUGUAUUGUAAUUCUGUGUAGUCUUUGCAGUUAAUGAAAAGGUAACACUUGUGAUUUUGUACCUGAUGGUUUCAGGAGCGGACAAGCAGCUUUGUGAUGUUUUCUGCAACACCACGAGGUUGAGAUGAUUUGUUCUCAUUAUCAUUAAGAUAUUAAUACACCGAAAUUCUUGCUUCUUUCGUUCAUUUGGUAUGUGUGGAAAGGCUGCGUUAUCUUCUGCCCCUUAAAAAAAACAGGACCUCGGUUGGUUAUUUUGCAGAGCAGCAAACCUUAUACUUUUUAGCCGUCACUUCUCCUAAGUAUCUUGUCCGAGCUGUAAGAUAAAAUUGAGUGUUGCCUACAAAUGUAACUUAACACUAGUGAAUACAGUCUCAGUAAAACGCUAGAAAGAAGUGUUUGUAACCUCAAAAAAAGAGGAAGUUACAAUAAAAUGUGAAAUGUUUUCUACAGUUUGUAUUGGUGUUAAAAGGUGGAGAAAAAAAUCUUCUUUUGAUGUUUUAAUUUUAGUUUUGUGUUUUUUGCCCUUACACUUAGAGGUAUUUAUCUGUUACCUCUGCAUCAGUCAAUGAUUGUGUAACAAUGGUACAUUCCACAUUAAGCUUAUUCCUUUAUUACUUAGGUCAUUUAUAUUUCUUUAUGCACUUACCUCUUAACACUAACUGUAAAACCAGUAGCAGGUUCAAUGAGACUACAUUGUGAAAAGACCAAUAAACAUUAAUUCUUCCUUUGUAUUAA